UAUAUUGAUACACAUACUUCAGAAAAGCUGUAAAAUCUCUGUAAUAUUGUGUAAGAAGUAACCCGAUUAAUCAUGAUGCCUCUAUUGCUGUUAACAAUGAAACAAAUUCUGGAACAGAAACAAAAGCAGAAGAGACAAGCUCUCGGAAUGUUCCAGACUUCUGACACUCGACCAGCAUCUGGUAAUGGCCGAAAAAGACCUGUACGAGAAGAAGUCAAACCAUUGAUGGCAGGAUACAGUGUUCAAAAAAACAACAACCACAGUACUGUUCUCUGCUAUGACGGUCCACUUCAAUUCACCAUGAAUUUAGAAAACCCUGACGCAACGCCACCGACUCGGCAUAUGACUUCACUUGCAAAAUCAAAAGAAAAUCCAAGAGAAGUUAUUCCACUCUCCGAGUUCCCAGCCAGCCGCUCAGAAAUCAAGAGAAGAUUAGAAAACCUAGACCUAUUACCCUCUCAAGUUGAUCUUGAUGAAGAUCAGGAGAUCAUUCCGGAUAGUUCAACUGCAUCAGUCUUGUCAAAUAGCAGUCUUCAGUAUGCUUCUCUCUUAUCUUCUUCUGAUAGCCAAGAUCUAGCUGUGAAUACUCUUUUGGCUGAAGUUGUUCCUUGUGAAGCUCUGGUUCACGAUUUCUCAGCGUUACCAAGUUCAACUAACUCGUACAGUGAUGACCAAGUUGAUGAACAUAAACCUGAACUAGGUCUAGUAGGCCUUGGUAAACUGGAAGAUCUACUAGAGAAUCUCCCUGCAUUUAUUAGUGAGCCUUGCCCCCAGGGUCUGGUUAUUCGAUGUUGUAUCACUCGUGACAAGAAAGGGAUGGAGCGAGGCUUGUUUCCCACUUAUUUUCUUCAUUUAGAAAAAGACGAUGGAAGGAAGAUUUUUUUGCUUGCUGCGCGAAAGAGGAAGAAAAGUAAAACUUCCAACUACGUGAUAUCUGUGGAUCCAACCGACUUAUCUCGAGGAGGAAAUUCUUUUGUGGGAAAGCUGAGAUCUAAUAUUUUUGGUACCUCAUUCACUGUUUUUGAUUGUGGUGAUAACCCACAAAGACGUAGACUUUUUGGUGACGAAAUAGGAAUGCACUGUGAAGUUGCUACAGUUGUUUAUGAAACAAAUGUGCUCGGAUUUAGAGGCCCACGAAAGAUGACUGUUAUCAUUCCAGCAUUGACAUUUGACCACAAGAGAGUAGAUAUUAAACCAGUUUCGGAAAGAGAUACUUUAAUUGAAAGGUGGAGAAAUGGGAAUGUGGAAAAUUUAUUAACUCUUCACAACAAAACUCCUGUGUGGAAUAACGAAACCCAGUCCUAUGUUUUAAAUUUUCAUGGGAGAGUAACUCAAGCCUCAGUGAAGAAUUUUCAGAUUGUUAAUGACAGCAAUGUGGACUACAUUGUUAUGCAGUUUGGCCGUGUUUCAGAAGAUAUCUUUAGUAUGGAUUACAGUUAUCCAAUGUGUGUACUUCAAGCUUUUGCCAUUGCUAUCUCCAGUUUUGACAGCAAACUAGCAUGUGAAUAAUUUCUAUAGUACCAGUGAGAAUAUUUAGAAAAAAAAAAGAUUGGUGGUUUUACAUUGUUCAAUCCUGCUGUAAAAUUGCAUACUGAGUGAUACUUUAGGAAUAAGAGAAAUGAAGAUAGGUGUGUUUUUGUCUAAGGUGGGUGUUUAGGUUAGAUGGUGAGAAAGCCAUUAAGGAUAACAGUAAUCAAUGUCAAUUUGCAUUAUGUUGAUAAUUAUGACCUAUGUUUUGUAGUGUGUUCUCUGCACCAUACAAAUACAUAUCAUAUACAAGGUACACAAAUACACAAAAUGUUGUUUGAAUCGUUUUACAACAUAGAGAAAACAUUGUGAUAUUGUAUGAAAUAUUUUUCAAAAGAUGUAUGAAUUUUAUUAUGUCCAUCAGUUUUCUCUUAUUUAUCCAAAAUGCAUACAGACACUGACUGCGAGUUAAUUUUUUUUAAAGAGGACUACAGAUAAUCAAACAUAUAUCAAAGCUUUUAAACUAUGAGCAUAUUGUAAAAUAUAUUUAGUAACUGUAAAUUUGAAAAAGCUUAACUGUAUGACUGACUAAUAAAUAUUAAAACAAAUAAGCAACUUUAACUUUGAUUUUUCAUUGUAUCUAUUACUACAUCCCUUGUCUUCCACAUAUAACUCAAGUAAUCUUUUUUUAUUUUUAUGCUGUUAUUUUGGAAAGACUAGUUUUCCUAUAAAUGAUGUAUUAUGUAUAUUAAAUGUAGAUGUUCUAUAUAUUUUAAUCCUUCUUUAACCAAGCAUAAAUAUCAAAUUACAAAUUAAAAUUUCAAGCAUUAAGCAUAUCACCUAUUUGUGAAGUCCACUAAGAUUAUUGGAUUUCUUUUAUUGAUACCCUUUGUAAACGAUUUUUUUUGUAAUUUUAUUUUGUCCAGUAGAAUAUUUUACAUGGUUUAAUUUCAUUACCACUAAUGUAUUAAUUUAUUUCUAGUAAAUAACAUGUUUUAAUAAAAAAAUAUAAAGAUAUACAUGACAGCUACUAUUUCAUAACAAUCAACAUAUUCAAAUCAACUGAAAAUUUGAGUUAUUUGUUCUCAAUCUUGGAUUCCAGUUGGUCCAAAUAAUUUUUGAAAGGUCUUAUAUCACAGGGUUUCCUAAUGCUUCACAUUGAAUACAAAAAUCUCUUUGCAAAGCUACAGUGUAUUAGAGUAAUAAAACUGAUGUAAAAUACUUAACAAGGUUGUACAUUGAUUUAUUUUAGAUUAUAAAACAGGUCAUUUUGUUUUGCAGACUUGCUUUUAGUGUAUAUUUUGAAAAAAAAUACUUCUACACUUUAGCUAGCUGUUAACAAGGGAAACUACCUGCUUAUGUAGCUUGGAUUUAAGCCAUGUUCAGGUUCUGUAAGUUAUACUGAUAUUCAUACCUGUUUCAAGAAACAGUUUAUACAUCAGUGGCAUAGCCAGGUGUGAAAUUUUUGAUGGGCCCAAAGUUACAAUAGAUGGACAGGAAGUGUACAAAUCUUUGAAGACAACUUACAAGAAGCUAAAGAAAAAAAAAAAGAGGGGAAACCAUCAUGUCUGUCAAUGUCUAUGCCCCUGACAUAUGUACUAUUAAAUUCUCAAUUAUUUAGGUGUAUUAUAGUAUAAAAUAUCAGUAAGAUGUUUUUUGAUGUAAUAAAAACUUGAGUGGGAUUGCUAGCUUUUGUAAUGUCUUUUUAAUUAUAUGUAUAGGCUAUUUCAAAUAGCUAAUUGAUUUACAUCUGUAUAGCAUGAGUACUGCACAAUGUUCUAAUGAUUUUCAUUUUUGCACAACAGUUGUACUUGGAAUUCUAGAAAAUAACAUUGUAAGAUUUUAUGAAUUUGUCCAAAACUAGGUUUUAGUGGCAUUGUGUUUAUAUUUUACAUUUUGAAAGCUGUUCUAUUGUAUUAUUCAUCAAUAAUGUUGUUGAGCAGUAAGUUAUGCAUUACUGUUAAUGUAAUUAAUGGCUUUGGGUUGUUAAACUUCAUUAUUUUGAUUUUUAUCUCAGAAUUCCUGUCAGAAAAGUGUUAAGUUUCGUUUUUUGAAAUACAGUUUGAUGUAGAAAGAAUGAUAAUUAGAGAAUUAUUAUGGAAAGGUAGAUGGGAUAAAGCUUUAGAGCUAUCAGAAAAUGGAUUAAUUUUGUCUGUUUUGUAUUGAGAUGUGUUUGGAAAUGUCUGAAAAACAUGUUAGUUUUUGUUUCAUAAUUUAGGCUCAUUGAUACAUCACAAGUGGACUUACGCUCACAAAAUAUGUGAAAAAUGUAAAAUAUUGUGUUUUUCAUUGACAAAAAGCUACUAGUGAAAACACCUCAUGGUAGACAGAACAAAUUGUCAACUAGAGACUGAAGAGGAUGCAAGAAUGUGUUGAAACUACUUUCUCUGAUAUAAUACUUCUGACAGUUUGUUCCUUUACUGUGGUUUUUCAUUAAUUGCCACACAGCCAGUAGGGGACCUUUCUCUCCAACCCCCAGACCACAGCCAUUUUUGAUUAUUUUAUCCCCCCCCCAUUUCUUUCCUAAAUUUACAGGCCUGCCACUAUACAUAGUUUAAAUUCAGCAUUUUUGAUUAACAUGUUUGUUUUCCUGUAUAUAACUAUAUAUUAUUAUAUAACUAUAUAUAAUAACUAAAAACUAGUUCUUUGCCUUUAACUGAAUUUUGAUUUGAAAAAUAGACAUUAUUUCUUCAUUGGUUUUGAAACUUUACUUUUGCCAACUGUUAUAAAACUAAAAUGACAAAGUUUAAUACAAUAAUGGAACAUAUGCUGUAAGUAUUUUACUGAGCAUAUAGUCAUUUUUGGUCAACAUUGAACAAGCUUUUGGUUACAAAAUAAUCUGAUUGUGUGCUAAGCUGCUGGUCAAGUAAUUUAUAUGUCAUAAUAAAUAAAGAUGGCAUUAUAUUUGAAAGGGUGGCAACCGUUCAGUCCAGAUGAUGACAGCAACUCCAACCUAGAAGUGUGGUAUCAGAAUUUAUUUCCAAGUUUAAUGGAAGAUGUUUUUGAAUACUAUAAACAUAGUGUUUAUCUGAUUUUGUAACCAUGUUUAUUACUGGUUUGUUUACAAAACUUCAAUGUUUUAUAUGCUUAAAACUGUUUCUUCUGAAAUGCCCAUAUUUGUUUAUACUUGAGAAUUAUAUCUAUAAUAAAAAUAAUAUGCUUAAUUUUGUUUAGAAAUAAUGUGUAAAAUUUGAUAAUUAGAAUUUUCUGUUGGCUUGCUGGUGGGAUCCUAAAUAUUUUUUAUAUUUUCUGUUGCUUGUAAUUUAAACUUAACUGGCUUCAAGUGAGUGUAAUAAUCAACAACACAUGUUUAAAUCAACGUUCUCUAACCACAGAAAAGCUAUUUCUCUUGAACAUAAAAAUUAGUGAAGUGUAGAAUUUCAAAUGUUUAAAAAGUAUCCUUUUCUAACUCCAUGGAAUAGACAAAACUCAAAUAUGCUAUAACCUAGUGAUGUUUAUAGCUGUGCAAUAAUUGCUGGGGUGCAAUAUUCUCUGAAGGUAUACAAAUUCAGUCUCUUAACUUGGUCACUUUUGAUGAUUUAUUUUGAACUUUUUAAGUUUCUGCCACUUCAUUUCAUUCUUAUGGUGUUUGUAAGCCAAUGUCUCUAUAUUAUUAGGAGCACAGUUUAUGUAACUCAGGUAUUUUUCCUCAAACAUAGACAACCUUAUCUACUAGUUUGUAGUACUGCUUCAAACAUUUUAGCUAUGAACUUUAUAAAAGUUUUACCUGCAAUUGCAAGGAAAUUUUAAAAUAAUUGCUCUUAGAAAAUAUGAAUAUACCCCAU